ACUUUAGUUAAGGGGCGGUGGUCGUAAUUUAGCAAAUAUAUUCAUCAGUGUAUCUCUGUACUCGUACAUGUAAAGUUUUGAAAUUUGUGUGUAUAUCCAUACUUGUAUAGCUUAUACAGUGAGUCUACUGGUGUUUGGGUUCUGGAUUUUGCUAUUUUAAUUCACUUUUGGGUUUUCUAGAUCGCUCUCAGAUCUUUCAACACUUGCUGAUCUAGCGCAAAAUUUGAAAACUUUCUAAAAUUGGGAAACAAAACCGAGAUAUUCGAGAUGGGAUUUCUUUGCUAUCUACAGCAGAAAUGCAUCAAAUCAUGUAUGUUUACUUUUUAUGGUGAAGAAGAUGCCUUAUAAAUUGGACAAGAUCGAUUUGGUAAUUGAUUUGUAGUGAUUGAUUUGGUAACUGCGGUUGAGUUUACCCGAAGAAUAUUGUGAUUGUGUAACUGAAUGAUGAUCAAGAAUAUUCUAAAUAGGAUUCCACGGAAACAGGGCAAGUUAGCGGAAAAUCGUGAUGGAGGAUCCUCUAUUUUCUCUUCAAACGCUUUGGUUAAUUCUAGAACCAAUUUUACGUCAGGUCUUUACGACCCAAAGGUAAAUGGAAAUGCAGGAGCUCUACCUUACGAAGCACUUCCGAGUUUUAAGGAUGUCCCAACUUCCGAGAAGCAAAACCUAUUUAUUAGAAAGUUGAGUUUGUGUUGCGUAACGUUUGACUUCACCGACCCGUUAAAGAAUUUAAAAGAAAAGGACAUCAAAAGGCAGACAUUGGUGGAGCUCGUUGACUACGCCACCUCAGCAAACGGUAAAUUCAACGAAACCGUCAUACAAGAAAUCGUGAGAAUGGUGUCCAUGAAUUUGUUCCGUAAAGUCUCUACACAGCCACGUGAAAGGAAAGUUAUAGAAGGAUUCGAUUUGGAAGAAGACGAGCCCUUAAUGGACCCCGAAUGGCCCCACUUGCAAAUUGUCUACGAAUUCCUUCUCAGAUUCGUAGCUUCCCCAGAAACAGAUGCAAAGCUGGCAAAACGCUACAUCGAUCACUCUUUUAUUUUAAGGUUAUUAGAUCUCUUCGAUUCGGAAGAUCCUAGAGAAAGGGACUACUUAAAGAACGUGCUGCACCGCAUAUACGGAAAAUUCAUGGUGCAUAGGCCCUUCAUUAGAAAAUCGAUCAACAAUGUAUUCUUCCGUUUUAUUUUCGAAACGGAGAAGCAUAACGGGAUUGCUGAGCUUUUGGAAAUAUUGGGAAGCAUUAUAAAUGGAUUUGCUUUGCCGUUGAAAGAAGAGCACAAGCUUUUCCUUGUUCGGACUUUGAUCCCACUUCACAAACCGAAGUGCGUAUCGAUGUACCAUCAGCAGCUCUCUUAUUGCAUCACGCAGUUUGUGGAAAAGGACAGCAAACUUGCCGACACUGUAAUAAGGGGGUUACUCAAAUGUUGGCCAAUCACAAAUAGUUCGAAGGAGGGCAUGUUUUUGGGUGAGUUGGAGGAAGUGUUGGAAGCAACUCAGCCCACUGAGUUUCAGCGAUGUAUGGUUCCUUUGUUCCGGAGGAUCGGUUGUUGUUUGAGCAGUUCACACUUUCAGGUGGCUGAAAGGGCACUCUUUUUAUGGAACAACGGUCACAUCGAGAACCUAAUAAAACAAAAUCGCAAAAUUAUACUGCCGAUUAUUUUCCCUGCACUUGAGAAGAAUUCAAGAAACCAUUGGAAUCAAGCAGUGCAGAGCCUCACACUAAAUGUACGAAAAAUCUUUGCUGACGUGGACCCCGUUCUCUUCGACGAGUGCUUGCUCAAAUUCCAACAAGACGAAAAACGAGAAGAAGAAACCAAUACGAAACGCAAAGAAACAUGGCUACGCUUGGAGGAAAUAGCUGCAAUGAAAAGCCUCUAAUUAGCAUUUAGCAGUAAGGCGCCACCUGGCUGAAGCAAGAAAAAAAACUCUCCCUUUUCUUUUGUUUUCGUUUGAGCAACUGUGGGUUGACUUUUUUAUCGGUGUUGAUUGACCAUGGAGGUGAAACUAAUAUUUUCUUGAUUACACAUUCUGUCUCCCUAACGAGGUCAAGCAGUUUGAAGGUACGGGGAUUUAUCAUUGUUAUCAACCUUUGUUUUGAUUUUGAGACGCGGAUUUGUAUAUACGGUUUUUGGGCAGCCAAACUUACGGGGAGUUUGUAUAGAUUCUUCAGUGCAUGUUUCUUCGUAUGAUUUCCCAUCUUUUUAGAAUUGGUGUUAUAAGCAAGAGAAUUUUUGAAUUGGUCUUUUAUUUAAUGUUCUCUAAUUUGAGAUG